CUUUAUUAUGAUGUGUCACGUGGUAUUGUCACCGGAGCGGAACUAAAACGAUUUGAUGUGUCACGUGGUAUUGUGACAGUGCCGGAAAUGGAAGUUGACUAGCUACAGCAGAGGAUCACAGCUGAGAAAGCGCUGUGAUGUUAUGGCAGCCGCCAGUGUGACCAGACCUGGUGGCAUUCACUCGGUUGAAAAGUCUCAGUUGAUUCUAAGAGUGGUAUCUGCGAAGCCACAGUCUCCCAAGCUGCCAAGCCGUCACUCUCGGCUCAGCUCCUUUGUGGAGGUUACUGCAGAUGGCCUGUCCAGCGAAACCAAGAAGACAGGCAAACGCAGUGGACACCUUGAGAUGCAGUGGAAUGAAGACCUCACUCUAAAUGUGACGCCUCAGAGUCGUCUGGAUCUAAAGCUCUGGAGCUGCCACACGCUGCGGAAAGAGUUGCUUGGGAGCGCCACGAUAGACUUGCUGGACACUUUGCAAUUGCACGAUGGCAAGAUGGAGAAUGUCCAACUGAGCCUGGCACUACAGACAGAGAACAAAGGUUUGGUUGUAGUGGGAGGCGAGCUCAACGUCUGCUUGGACGGCAUGGUUGUUGAUCUGGGAUCACUGCCCAAUGGCAGCACAGCAGCAGACAAAAUAUUGCAGUCUGAAAGACCCGGCCUGAGAAGGACACAAAGUGAGGAGACUCCAACUGCUGCUGGAUCUCACACCCGCAGAAGUAACGGGUACCCAGUGAGUGGUUCUCAGGGCAGUUCCCCACAGUGCUCCAGAGGGGUGUCUUUAACUACUGAUGAAGUGAAUCAGGAGCAGGUUUCUGACCCAGGCUCCUCUGAUCGUCAUCGGUCAUCCACAAGUUUUGGCAGCUCUGGAAACAGUACAGAUGGAGUUGAGUUGGCGUCCAACCGGCUGGAAAAAAACUUAGUUCGUCACACAGCCCCUCCAUCCUCUUCAUUAGACCGAUCCCAGGUUACCAGUAGCAACACCCCAAGUCGAGGUCAGCAGGAUGUCCAGCAUUCAGAAACCCCAGCAGAGCCUGGUCCUAACACCAUAUCCAAUUCAGACCAGGCGAGCAAUAGCAGCACAGAAAACCACUCGGAGUCGCUCCCAGCUGGCUGGGAGCAGAGAGUUUUGCCUCAUGGCAGAGUUUACUACGUUGACCACAACACCAAGACCACGACAUGGGAGAGGCCACUGCCACCAGGCUGGGAAAAGCGCGUGGACCAACGAGGCAGGUUCUACUAUGUUGACCACAACACCAGAACCACCACGUGGCAGAGGCCCACUGCAGAGUCUGUGCGAAAUUAUCAACAGUGGCAGAGCCAACGCAACCAGCUGCAGGGUGCCAUGCACCAGUUCAGCCAGCGUUUCCUGUACCAGCCGCCCGGCGCUCCCGUGGAGAACGACCCUCUGGGCCCGCUGCCUCCUGGAUGGGAGAAGCGGCAGGAUAAUGGCAAAAUGUACUUUGUCAACCACAACACACGCACCACACAGUGGGACGACCCUCGCACGCAAGGGAUGAUCAAGGAGCACCCCUUGCCCCCGGGCUGGGAGAUGAAGUACACCGCGGAGGGAGUCCGCUAUUUUGUGGACCACAACUCUCGCACGACCACCUUUAAAGACCCACGACCUGGGUUUGAGUCAGGGUCACGGCAGGGCGGUUCACCAGGCGCCUAUGAUCGCAGCUUUAGGUGGAAGUACCACCAGUUCCGUUUCCUGUGCCAUUCCAAUGCUUUGCCAAGCCACGUGAAGAUCUCAGUUUCAAGACAGACGCUGUUUGAGGACUCAUUUCAGCAGAUCAUGAAUGUGAAGCCGUAUGAUCUUCGCCGCAGACUCUACAUCAUCAUGAGAGGGGAGGAGGGACUGGACUAUGGUGGAAUAGCCAGGGAGUGGUUCUUCCUGCUGUCCCACGAAGUUUUGAAUCCCAUGUACUGUCUGUUUGAGUAUGCUGGGAAGAACAACUACUGUCUGCAGAUCAACCCAGCUUCCUCCAUUAACCCUGACCAUCUCAUGUACUUCCGUUUCAUCGGACGCUUUAUAGCAAUGGCUCUUUACCACGGCAAGUUCAUCGACACAGGCUUCACACUUCCGUUCUACAAGCGAAUGCUGGACAAAAAACCUACACUCAAAGACUUGGAGUCCAUAGACCCUGAAUUUUACAACUCGAUCAUAUGGGUAAAAGAGAACAGCUUGGAGGAAUGUGGGGUGGAGCUGUAUUUUGCACAAGACAUGGAGCUCCUGGGCAAGGUGUCCACUCACCAGCUGAAGGAUGAUGGAGAGAACAUUCUUGUCAGUGAGGAAAACAAGGAGGAGUACAUCAGCUUGCUGACAGACUGGAGGUUCACACGUGGAGUGGAGGAACAAACCAAAGCUUUCCUGGAUGGCUUUAACGAGGUCGUUCCUCUAGAGUGGCUGCGCUACUUUGACGAGAAGGAGCUGGAGCUGAUGCUGUGUGGGAUGCAGGAGAUAGAUUUGGUCGACUGGCAGAAGAACACAAUCUACCGACACUACACCAAAAACACCAAACAGAUCCACUGGUUCUGGCAGGUGGUGAAGGAAAUGGAUAACGAGAAGAGAAUCCGUCUUCUUCAGUUUGUUACAGGAACUUGUCGUCUGCCUGUCGGAGGCUUCUCUGAACUUAUCGGAAGUAAUGGUCCUCAGAAGUUCUGCAUUGACAAAGUGGGGAAAGAAACUUGGCUUCCAAGAAGUCACACAUGCUUUAAUCGCUUGGAUCUUCCGCCUUACAGAAGUGUGGAGCAGCUGCGAGAGAAACUCAUGUUUGCUAUUGAGGAGACUGAAGGAUUCGGUCAGGAGUAAAAGUGCAACAACAAAUCUGAUUAUUUCUUCAAAACAUGCUAAUAAAUCAUGUCAGCUUUCACCUUCAUGA